AACGAUCAAUUUAAAUGCCGUGCGACCUACUACUACACGCAAAUACACCGACACAUACCGAAAGAAAGAACGAGCGGCCAACAAACGGCAUACACACACGUCUGCAGUGCACGAGAGCUUCGAACUGCAGACUACACUGCCGCUUGGCUUUAUUUUGUAAACACACAUAUAUAUAUACAAGAGCGAGUUCUCUGCGCAUCUGACUUCAGGGGGGAAGCGAAUAACAACUUCUCUCUGUCUCUUAUACUUGCUCUGUACAUACGAACGCGUCUCUAUAGUCGAGCACAAUAUAAUAGUUUCCUUGUACUAGCAACGAGCCGCAGACAUUUCGGUAACGACGGUGUGUGCAGUGAAGCAAGUAAAAACAUAAUUUUUCGUUAACGUCAAAUAGUCGAGCACGAGGAAAGCCUUAUACCUUUUCGUUUGUUGUAACUAAAAUCAACAGAGAACAGAGAAACAUGGAAAGUUUCGACGAGGAGCGGCGUGAAGCCUGGGAAAAUCUAAAUGUCAGCCGGGACGAGAUGCGAAAUCUCACCGAGUGUCUGAAGAAGGAUGAGUUUCGCAAGCUGCUGAUGGACUACGCCGAGGAAGUCAACGACCCGGAGAACCGGCGUCUCUACGAGCAGGAGCUGACGCAAUUGGAGCGCGAGCGGGGCAUCGACGUAACCUUCGUCAAGCCCGAGGCCGCCUACGUGAUUAAGACGAGCCUCGACGGUCGGCUCAAGUGCUUCAUUAACGUCGGUGGCAGCGAGUGUGUGGCCAAGCCGACGAGUCGGCCGGCCGAGCAAGGACUCGACUGGUCGAUACCUUACGUGCUGGCGCCGCCGCGCGACGACUUCGACAAGAGCAAGGUUCGCUGCAUGGUCUACGACGUUGUUUUUCAUCCGGACACGCUCUACCUGGCCGAAAAGAAUCCCAAGUUUCGCGAGAUCGUCAACGAGACCGCCCUGGACGGCGUCGAGAGCAACUUCAAGGUAAAAUUGGAUCGAAAAAACUUGAAAUUUCCAAAAAUGAGCCAAAAAGGAACUUGUCUGCCAACUGUCAUCAGAAAACCAUGUGAAAAGCCCAAGGAAAAGCUGGAUAUUGAUCCAGAGAUAUAUCAAAAACUCAUGUCGACCUAUGACGAAAAUAGGAAAACGAAAAAAAAAUCGAGUAAAAAACCAGAGAGAACUGCACCACAAACUAAAUACUAUAAUAAAACAGAUGAUGUAACUGAAAUGAGAGAUACAUCUUCUUAUACAACUCCAAAAUUUAUCAUCAAGUAUCAGAGUAGUGUAGAAAUGGACGAGUUUUUGGAAACAAAGGAUGCUAAAUUACACUCAACUACACCUAAAAAUUUAGUAAUAGUAAUCAAUCUUCCACUUUUAAAGUCAGCAUCGAACGCUACUUUAGAUGUAAAAGAACAACACUUGACGUUAAAAAGUGAAAAACCCGCUAAGUACAAUUUAGAAUUGCCGUUAUCUUAUCGAGUGGAUAAGGAUAAAGGCAAUGCGAAGUUUGAUCCAAAAUCGAAAAAGUUGACUGUCACACUACCUGUUUUGCGAGAGGCAUCUCUACCUAUUAACACAAACAAAGUAUCAGAUGCUAAAGAAGAUAGUGGAGUAGAUAGCGAUCAUGGAAGUCCAUUGCCAGAAUCAGAAAUGAGCCGUCAAUUGAAAAACGAAGGUACCAGUGAUUUAGUGGAAGAACUGCAUGAUAUUGAUACAUACAAUGUAAACAAUAAUUGCGUCGAAACAGUAUUGAGGACUAGUCUUGACGAAGCUACUAUGUCAUUUAUGAACCCUAAUCUCAAGUACUCUCUUCCUACGUUUUCAUGCAACCUUCACGAGGAUGUUUUGGGUGUUACAAUUCAUGCGAAAAAUGUUGAUUCUGAUGCCAUCCAACAUAAAAUUUUGGCCAACAAUGCAGGAUUUCAUGUAAUAGUUUCUUCUAUUGGAGCUGGAUUUUAUCCUGUUUAUUAUUCGUUAUGUUUGAAACUCGAGAAUCAAAUUCAACCAGACACAUUGAAUAUUGAACCAUGGGAUAAUAAUGUUGUUGUAUCAGUAAAACUUGAUAAUCCAGAAACAAUAUCUAAAUAUCUUUAUGGUAUAAGUGAAGAAUCCAUGGAAUCCAAAAACUUAUCGGAAGGAUCGUCGAUUAAAAAUAAAUUGCGAUUAUUAACAGAAGACUCUGAAGUAACGACUGAUAAAGAAAUCAAGGUUAUUCCAAAAUUCCGAGAAGUUGUAAUAAACGUCGGGUCUCAAAAAUUGGACUCGGACGAUGAAGGUGACUAUGUUUUUGUCGACGCGCUUGAAAGUCAAGAAGAGGAACCAGUGCAUCGAAGUUCAUUAUCGAGAUCUGUUUCUGAGAGCAGUGGCGAUGAACUUCCAAGCAGCGUUAGCAGUAGCGUUAGUAGCGGCGUUGAAAUUGGAAGGUACAAAAGUAUUUACAAGUCUCGCAGUUUUUCUCGAUCAAUUUCUGAAUCAAGCAUCGAUGAUAGCAUCGCUCAGUCACCGUCGAUCACAUUUACUGAUUCCGUUCAUGAAUUCAAUUCAGAGUCCGAAGGAUCGAGCUUGAAGAAAACUGUACGGUUUAGUGAUGUAGUUUCUCAAAAACUGUAUAGAUCUAAUUCAAGCAUCCUAGGCCAACGUAGAAAAAAUCAACGAAAAAGAAAUAACAAGAAGCGUGCUCAAGAGCGUCGAAUGAGCGAAAGUGAAUGCUCGGAAACUGAAGAACGAGAAAAGUACAAAAAUUUACCGAAAACAGAGCUGGGACACGAAACUGCCGAAGCUGUGCGUCCCAUUCUUUUGCACCGAAACAAUCGCACUGAAGCUCAAAAAACUGCCAAUAUCGACAUUCAAGGCUCAUCUCGCAAUGCGAAUAUGCGAAAACAAAAGCGAAAUACCGAUACAUUAGAGUCAAACGAGAAUGUUAAGACUGAUAAUCAUUCCGACGUUGAAUUUCCAUUAUAAUUUAAUGUUAAGCAGAAAACUCGAGUAGAUCGAGACUCUGUAAGAAUAAAUGCGCAAAAUUCGACCACCUAGCCAAGCACUUUUGAUUCGAAAACGUGUAGUGCUUAUAACGCAAUAAAAAGACCCUUAUUUACUUCUCUUUUUAUAUCGCUUGAAAACGCCGACUGAUAACUUGGAAAUUUUUUAAAAUUUCAUUCAGUCUUUUUGCUCAAAUUCACGAUUAUGAAUUCUUUAUCCGUUAAAUUAUCUUGAACGCAAAUAUGAGUUUUUCAGAAAAAAAUUGAUUAGAAAGAGGACAUCAAUUUAAAAAAACAAGGGAUUCUUAGUAAUCAUAAUAAUAAUACUAAUAAAGUCCAUAGUGUUAUAAAAACAUAGUUGGCUUCGUUAAAAAUGCACAUGAAAAAGCUUCCUCCAAAGAACAAAAUACAACAGCUCAUUGGGUAUGAGUAACGAAUUUGAAAUAACAAAAAAAAAAAAAAA